AAGACCCAAGUUGGUAUAUUAAUGAUUCAACAAAGGUUUGAAGUGCUCCAGAUAGAAGAGUAGAGAGAGAGAGAGAGAGAGAGAGAGAGAGAGAGCGAGCGAGCUUUAAGAAAAGGUGGAAGAAGAAGAAGAGGAAGAGGAAGAGGAAGAAGAAGAAGGAAGAUGAAGUCUCAGAGGAAUUUCUCAAGAACAGAGGCUAAAAGGGUGGGGAAUGUGACCAUCAUACUUGCCAUAUUCCUCUCUCUUUGUGUUCUCUCCAUCAUCAAGUCCCACUUUGCUCCUUAUGCAGUGAAAUCAGAUGAGCCAGUGGUGUUUGAGGAAGAGAGGAAGGAGAGCUUGAAGAUAGAAAAAGAAGAAACAAAGGAAACAGCAGAAACAGCUGACUCUGCUGCAAUUGAGGACGAAGACGACGAAGCAGAAACGGAGACGAAGGCGAAGGCGGAGGCGCAGGCGCAGGCGGUCGACCUGAGCAAGCCGACGUGCUACGAGUCGAGCCGGCGGUCGGACACGUGCGAGGCUGCCGGCGACGUGCGCGUGCAGGGCCGCACCCAGACCGUGUACAUUCAGCCGCUGGCCCAGGAGUGGAAGAUCAAGCCCUACUGCCGGAAGCACGACGCCUUCGCGCUCUCCCACGUCAAGGAGUGGACCCUCAAACCCUUCUCCGCCGCCCGGCCUCCCCCGCCCUGCACCCGCAACCACUCCGCCACCGCCAUGAUCUUCUCCAACGGCGGCUUCACCGGCAACCUCUUCCACGACUACACCGACGUGCUCGUCCCGGUGUUCAUCAGCUCGUUCCGAUACGACGCCGAGGUGCAGUUCCUCGUCAGCAGCCUCAAGCCCUGGUGGAUCAGCAAGUACCUGCUCAUCUUCCAGCAGCUCUCCAAGUACGACAUAAUCGACGUCGACAACGACGACGAGGUCCACUGCUUCCCGCGCGCCGUCGUCGGCCCGACCUUCCACAAGGAGCUCGGCGUCGACGCGGGGAAGACUGCCGGGGGCUACUCGGCGGCCGACUUCCGGAAGCUGCUGCGGCGCGCCUUCGGGCUGGAGCGGGCGGCCGCGGCGCCGAGCGGCGACCAGUGGGACAUCCGGCGGCGGCCGCGGCUGCUGAUCAUCUCCCGGAAGAACUCCCGGACGUUCCUGAACGAGCGGGCGAUGGUCGACAUGGCGACCAGCCUGGGCUUCGACGUGCGCGUGGGCGAGCCCGACAUCAACACCGACGUCGCCAAGUUCGCGCGGCUGGUGAAUUCUGCCGACGUGAUGGUCGGCGCCCACGGGGCGGGGCUGACCAACAUGGUGUUCCUCCCCGCGGGGGCCGUGCUGAUUCAGAUCGUGCCCUUCGGCGGGCUGGAGUGGCUGGCCAGAGGAACCUUCCAGGAGCCCGCCAAGGACAUGGAGAUCCACUACAUCGAGUACAAGAUACGGCUCGACGAGACAACACUUAGUGAGCAAUAUCACACCGACCACCCGGUCCUGAAAGACCCCUUCUCCGUCCACAAGCAAGGCUGGGACGCGCUCAAAACCGUGUAUUUGGACAAGCAGAAUUUGAGGCCGCAUUUGGGCAGGCUCAAGAACACUCUGUUGGAGGCUCUGAGGCUCCUGCCUCAUAGUCAUAGUCAUUGACGAGAAAAUAACAAUAACAAAAAAUAAAAAAAUAAAAAUAAUGAUAAUUAAUAUAUAAUUAAGAAGGGAAUUAUAUAGGGAGAGUUAGAUUAUGGUUUUUUUUUUUUUUCCUUUUUUUUUUUUUCUUGAAUUUGAAUUGUUUUAAGUGUAACAAGAUCAAAGAGUUUGGGUGUGAGAUGUAAAAGGGUUUAGGCACAAGUUCAUGCCCAUAUGGUUGGUUUAGAUGGAAUUUGGCAAUAAGGACAAAACAAAAAAAAAAUUUGAUGUGGAGGGUUUAGAAUAAUUUGUUUUUUCCUUUCUUAAUCUUGAUUGAUGGUUAAGAAUGGUUGCAAAUAUUUUGCUGCACAUCUAAAA